CAGAAGAGAACAUCUAGAAACACUGGCUCUGUCUCAAGGUUAUGGCCAUUUUUAAGCAAACUGAUCACGGGAAUCAGGUGCCGAAUAUGCCGGUCAAAAUGGAGGAAGAGCUUAUACCACCUAACAAAGAUAAACAGACUGGGAACUGCUACAGGACUGCUACAUACUACUUUGCUUUGCUCUGCUUCUUGCUAGCUGUCAUCUCCUUUUUACAGGCAUUUUACUCGGUCCAGAUCACUGUCACGUUUAAGGGACAGAUGGCUGAGCAGGAGGGCCGUUUCAGAGACUUAACAGGAAAGUGUGACGCUCUGAACCGCUCAUACAAUAACCUCUUCCACAAGUAUCCAGCGCUUAACCAACACUGCACUACCAACAAAAUCUCUAACUUGCGUGAGUGUAAGCCAUGUCCAGAGGGCUGGGAACCCUUCAUGCAGAAAUGCUACCUGUUUGUCCCAGAGCGAAAGGACUGGAUGUCCAGUCAAUAUCUCUGCCUGUCUGUUGGAGGCCACCUGGUUACUGUGAAAAAUGAGGAGGAGCAGAAGUUCUUGUGCAGAAAGGCUGAAGAUUUCAGUCAAGGCGACUCGUACUGGCUUGGUCUGGCGAAUAUGAACCCAGAUGGGGCCUGGCUGUGGGUGGAUGGCACACCUGUAGAUGAUGCAGAACAGUUCUGGGACUGGUCCCCUGUCAAUGGGAAGAAUAAAGAUUUGUGUGCCCGAAUGACCCCAGGGGGCUCUUAUCGCACCACCUGGUUCACAUCUUCCUGCAAAAAUGGUCUGAAGAGAAUCUGUGAGAGGACUCAGGGCAGUGUAGUAUUAUAGGUUAAAAAUGAUUUCCACCUAAUUCCUUGCCAGUUCUUGACUGUGCUGAAAGAUAC